GAGUGCUUAAGAUCACACGAAUGUGCAUAGGUCCAAUCGCUUUCGCUCUCAUUACCCCGCACUCCCUGUUAGAACUGAAUCUGAAUAACAGGUACCGAUGCCUUAAUCCAGAAAUCAAUACGCAAAUAUUUCGCCGAGUGCACAGUGAUAACAGUAGCUCAUCGACUGCACACUGUCGCCGACUCCGAUCGAGUCAUCGUCAUGGAAGCCGGUCAGAUUGUGGAAUCAGGUCAUCCACACGAGUUGCUACAGAAAAGUGACGGCUACUUCACCCGCAUGGUGAAGCAAUUAAGCCCCGCCUCGGAGCAGAGUCUCCGGGAGCUAGCCAGCAACGCCUACGCGCAACACAUCAAAUACGUGGACGCCGACGAACAAGGCCAAUCUUAAUAUUUAAAUUAAAUAAUUUCGAAUACAAGGCAAUGUAUGGUAGAGUCCUAGGUUGUGACAGAAGAUGGUUAACAGGGUAUUAAAUCAGCAGCUCUUGGUGUUAGAGAAGAACAUUGUCUUUACCAAGUUGACUCAACACAAUGUGAUGGAAAAGCAUUCAACCAAUAAUCAUGAUAAAAUAGUUAAGCCGAAUCAAUUUUAAAUACCUACAAGUAAUAUAGUAUAAACACAUUAAUAUAGAAUCUAUGGAUAUUUUAUAUUUCAUCAAAUACCUAAAAAAUCUAUGAAGAAUUUUCUGAUAUAGUAAAUGGAAGAAUGAUAGGCUAUUUUAAGGUCUUGGAAUUGUACCUAUUGUUUUAAAUAAAAAUAUUAUUUUUUUAAUCGCCGUAGAAAAUUAGUAUGAUAGAAAAACUUCAUUUCUUCUUUAAAAGAAACUAUUCAUUUUAAAUAAAAUUAAAAAAAUCUUCUAAAAUCUAAUUAUUAAUAAUCAGUGCUGCCACCUCUUACAUUAAUUACUUACUUAAAAUUAAAUUGUCAAUCCCUUGCUGCGGUAUGAGGUCCCAUGUUCUUUGCAAGUGUUGGUAAAGUUGUUGUUCCGUCGUCACAUUCGGCGGGAAAUCUCUCAAAGCAUUUCAUUUUAACAUGUUCCCGGCAUGGGAUAGGAUCGAAGUCGGGCGAAUGUGCAGGCCAAUCCAAAACUUGAAUAUCGUGGUCUCGCAGAGCGGCCUACACCAGCCGCGCCGCAUUUACAUUAAGCAUUAUCGUGAAUGAGUAAAACCUCCUGGCCCAUUUGGAUUCUAUGUGGGACAAUAACAGGCUCUACUACCUUCUCGUGGUAUUUUUGUUCAGUCAUGCUGCCUUGGUUCCAAACGAGCUGGGUUCGUCCGCCAAGACGAAUUCCUGCCCACACCAUGAUUGUCCCGCCUUGGUAUGAGUGGACCUUCUGAGGGUGCCGUAGACAGCUAACUCUCCAUGGAUCACCAGGAAUCCGGAUGAAACCCAAACCGGAACUCAUCGGUGGACAGCAGCAAAGACCAUUGUUCAUCACUCCAUAUAAUAAUAACAUACAACAUUUAUUACACUAAGAAACCUUAAAACUAGUGAUUCCUCCUGAUGAUUCCUCGCUGAAUGACUAUGCUUAGAAUAUGGGCGAGAAAAGAACCGGCCCUCUUGUAAAUAAAUAUUUUCUAAAUAUACAAUCAUUAUCAUCAUCAUUACCACUCUUCACAUGUCUACUGCUUAACAUAGGCUGACCAAGAAUUGCUGUUUUUCAUUUCUUUACAACUGAUAUAAAAUAACCUGUAUAACAACUGUGUAGUAGAAGUAGCGGCACGAAAGUAUAGCGGUGACCGAUAUUGCGCAAAAGUCGCGCUGAUUGGCUUAUUGCGCAUAAGUCGCGCUGAUUAGCUCGUACGUAUCGUUCGCACGCGCUGAUUGGCUCUCCAGUCGCCUUUGUGCAAUUCAAUUCGUGCCCGUCCACUCCAAGUAUUGUUCAGCGCUAGACUUAUGUGCCGCGACUUGUAUGUUGUAUAACAUGUAGGUAUGUUUUGAAGGACUGUAAUGAUGAUGAUAAAUACUCAUUUACUUUUAUCAGUUCUAAAAAGUGUUCUUAUGGUGCUCAUCAUUUUUUUAACAUUUGUAACAUUGCAUAUAACGAUAGGUAUAGGUAUAGGAUAUGUAAGUGCCAUGGAGGCACGUUCUUUUCAAACGAAUUAAAAAAUAACCAUCCGUAAAACAUAAAAAAUAUUGUCUAGCUUAAGAUCAUAACACUUGUAAUGUGUGCUUCUUUACAUAUUUUUUGAGUAUUAUUGAACAACGAAUGUCCCAAAAAUACAUUAAUUUAGAAAUAAAUAAAUAAAAACAAACACCGAAAAAUAUAGGUUUAUUAUUUUUCGGUUUAUAUUACGUACUCGCAAUUGAACACUAUUCCGAAGAUAUCCCGGACGUCAAGGCAAGGCCCCAGGCGAGGAUGGAAUUACAGCGGAGCUUCUGAAAGCGGGUGGAAGACCGGUACUUGAAGUCCUUCAGAAGCUCUUUAAUUCCGUCCUCCAUGGUGGCAUUACACCGGAGGCGUGGAGCAGAAGUGCGGUGGUCUUGUUCUUCAAGAAAGGUGACAACGCUUUCUUGAAGAACUAAAGACGAAGUGACGAUUUCCCUUCUGAGCCGCGUCUACGUGCUGUUUUCGAGAGUCAUUACGAAUUGUCUCACGCGCAGACUUGACGACUUCCAGCCUCCCGAACAAGCCGGUUUCUAAAAGGGCUUUAGCACCAUAGACCACAUACAUACCCUUCGGCAAAUUGUACAGAAGUCCGAAGAGUACACUUUGCCACUAUGUCUGGCGUAUGUGGACUAUGAGAAAGCCUUUGAUUCCGUCGAAAUUUGGGUGGUGCUGCAGUCCCUUCAGCAGUGCCAAGUUGACUGUCGGUAUAUCGAAGUGCUGAAGUGUUUGUACAGUAGAGCUACGAUGGCUAUCCGAGUACAGAACCAGAGUACGAAACCUAUCCAAUUGCAGAGACGUGUAAGACAGGGUGAUCUUAUAUCCCCGAAACUCUUCACCGCUGCAUUGGAAGACGUUUUCAAGCUUCUGGACUGGAAAGGAUACGGUAUUAACAUCAAUGGCGAGUACAUCACCCACCUUCGAUUUGCCGACGAUAUAGUCCUUAUGACAGAAUCGCUGGAGGAUCUAAGCACCAUGCUCAAUGACCUCAAUAGUGUCUCCCAACGAAUAGGUCUUAGGAUGAACGUGAACAAAACAAAACAAAGAUCAUGUUUAAUGUCCAUGUCACACCUAUGCCGGUAGUUGUUGGGAACACUAAGCUCGAAGUUGUUGACGAGUAUGUUUACCUGGGACAAAUAGUCCGACUAGGUAAGUAUAACUUCGACCGAAAGGUCAAUCGACGGAUUCAACUCGGCUGGGCAGCGUUCGGGAAACUACGACACAUCUUCUCGUCAGUCAUACCUCAAAACCUUAAAACGAAAUUGUACAACCAGUGCGUGUUGCCAGUGAUGACUUACGGAUCUGAGACGUGGUCCUUCACUGCUGGCCGAAUGAGGAAGCUCAAGGUCGCUCAGCGAGCUAUGGAGAGGGCUAUGCUCGGGGUUUCUCUGCGUGAUAAACUUAGAAAUGAGUAUAUCCUCAGUGGAACCAGAGUAACUGACAUAGCCCAACGGAUUAGUAAGCUGAAGUGGCAGUGGGCCGGCUAUAAUAUAGCUCGAAGAACCGACAACCAAUGGGGAAGAAAGGUUCUUGAGUGGCAGCCUCGUAUCGGUAGGCGAAAUGUAGGGUGACCCCCCACGAGAUGGAGUGACGACCUGGUAAGACAUGCAGGAAGUCGAUGGAUGCAGGUGGCUCAGGACCGUGCUUUGUGGCAUUCCUUGGGGGAGGCCUAUGUUCAGCAAUGGACUUAUGAAAGGCUGUAAUGAUGAUGAUGAAACAAUUGUUAAGUUUUCUUGUUUUCAUGCCGGAUUCUGAAUAAGAGGAGAUUUCUUGAAAACUGGUCUUGAUAGAUUUUUGACGUUUUAUAGGGAUUACAUCCGAGUCAGAAUCUAAAGCUUUAUCCAACGGUUUUGACGUACUUUGAGAACUACUCAAAGGAAUAACGGUUUCGGAAUCAGAUUGAACUGAUUUAAGUUCAUCAACAAUACCAAUGCAAGGUGUCUGGAACUUGAAGCAGCUGGCUCUAGAACUGAUUGCGUAAUACUUUCUUUCUCCGAUGUAGUCCUUUGAAACGGAACAAUUUCAAUGUAAGCAGCUUUGUGGACAUUACGAAUAUGCCCAAAUAAGUUUGUUGGAUUUCCAGUACACUUGAUAACUUUUUGACAUAACUUACAUUUAGAUUUAUUGUUAUCAAUUCUGUCGUAAAACUUCCAGACUAAACUUUUCUUUUUAGGCGCCAUUAUAUUCUGAAAUAGAUAAAAAAGGAAUAUAUUUUCAAUUAAAAAAAUAUCGAUAACGUGAUAUCGAUAACAUGGAAUCACUAGUAAUAUGAUUCGUUAUUAACUUCGACUUAUCUAAUAAAAAUGUAUCGAUUACCGUAAGUAUCAUUUGUUAUGGUAAAUAAUUACUCCCUUUAAAGUAAAUAAUUGGACAUUUUCAUGAUUACUUAGAUUAGACAGAUUAAUAUGAAAAAUAUUUUUAUAUUUCUAACCUAGAAGACUAAAACGCAAUGUAUUAGUUACGGAAUUUUUGUUUAUUUUACAAUCAUGCUUUUACGGAAAUCUCGAAAAUUGUUACUUAUAUAUUAUUUAGAUGCACGCACUUACCUUUGUUUACUUGUCCAACGUGUUCACAUACUUAUUAUGAUAUUAAUAUUACAUAUAACGUGUUGUUCAGUUUAACACUUCGAUUUAUAAAUAUUAUUGCUAACACGACACAGCAAAUUUUAAAAUGAAUUCUGAAUCAAGCUGAGUAGGUACUUAAUUAAUACCAAAAUUAAAAUAAUAUGAUUUUAUUAAGCCAGAGACUGCAACUAACUGUAAGUAAGAGAGACAGAGAGACGGCGGGUCAAUUCAGUCGGCCAUUUGCACAUAUUUUUUUAUGGGUUGGUUGCACUGACCUCUAUAAUAUUGGCUGCCUUUUCAACCAGUGAUACAACUUUUUGACGAAACACCUUGCGAGUGCUAAAUAAUGUAAUUGAAAAAGACAAAAAAAUAGUUACUAACCGUAGAGAGAGAGAGGGAGGGGUAGGUUUGAUUGUUUGCCUUUUCGAUGCAUCGAAAAAAAACAUCGAUGUAUACUCGAUGUUUAAAUACUUAACAAUACAUCGGUUUGAUUCGAUGCAUCGUUACUAUACAUCGAGUAUUUUUAAAACAUCGAUGUAUAUCGUCCACUCCUACUGUGUGUUCGUUUGUCACCCUAUCCUAUAAAAAAAAGAACAAAAAUACCGUAAUUAUUUUUUUUCUUAUAUUUACGCGAAAUGAUUUCUUAUAUUUACGCGAAUUAUUUUUAUUUAAAUACAGUAAUUGUACAGCGGGGUUAGACAUUUCAACGUUAUAAACACUUUUGUGUAACAGGAGUUUGUCAAGUUGACUUGGUACAAUCGUUAACACUAAUAGAAAACUAAAAAAGAAUUUGAAUGACAUUAUUUCUUGGUGACUUAACGUUGAUUUACUUAUUUUUAUAAUUUUCAAUUAGCGUUAAUGAUUGCAGUAUGCAGUAUGUCGACUAAACUAACCUCACCAAAAUAUUACCUACAAAAAAAUAUUAUGCAUCUAUAAAUUAUUAAAAUGUUGCAUAUUACAAUAUAGGACCUUAAUACCUACCAUAAAUGAUGUUAUUUAACUGUCACACUGUGUAUGAAAAAGCCUUUUAGUGAUAAAUACUUAAUAUGUGUGUAGAAACUUACCUUUCAUACUCACAAAUUGUACGUAAUUAUAAAACUAGAAAGCGAAUGUACUUUAUUUUUAUAAUUACAUGACAAGAAUUUACAUCUAGAAAUAUAGUUUCUGUUUAAGCUAAUUACAUAAGAAAAUGAAAAUUAGUUAAAAAUUGUAAUUGUUAAACAAAAUAAUGGUAAUCAUACUCGAAACCAUGCUUACAUAUUUAAUAAAAUAUAGAAAGAUUGAAUUAACAAAUGAAUAAUGCCCAACUGGGCGACAUUCGUAUAUAGGUUGUAUACUUUACCUCGUAAAAAAUAAUCUUAGGUAGUCUUCUUAGUUUUAAAGAAAUCUAAUAUUAUGCAAUUGUUGAUAUGAAAUAGUUAAACUUUUUGAACCAUUUAAAUUUGUACUUAUAAGUACUUUUCGUAACUUAAUAAAGACUAAGUAUGUUUACUGCUAAAAAUUAUAUCUAAAUAUUCUAUUUUAUUGCAGUUUGUUAUAAGGUCAUGUUGAUAAAAUAUUAACCAAAUUAAAUAUUAACAAAUUAAAUAUUACCAAAAAUUGUACUUCACUGGUAACAUAGAGUUAAAUAAAUUAUUAUGACAAUUG